AUGCAUUUCCGUUGUUUGAAGUUUAGGAAGAAGGACAAAGCGUCUCCCGAGGACAAUGAACAUGGAGACACCAUUCCCAACCCUUCGGAACAACCGGAAGCGGCCGUGACACAGGUUCUGCUGCCGCCAAAGGAACCAGGGGAAUCGGCGCAUGCGGAACCAUCGCCGCCCCCAGACCAACAAUUAAGCAGUCCCGUCUCGGCUCCCCUUGGGCCUGCCUUGGCGGACAAUGAGGAGAUACAGCAGAUCUGGGCGGAGAUUCAGGAGAAAGUCAAUAGCCUGGCUCAGCAAGCUGGCAGGUCCGUCAACACGGGCAUGGAUAUUGGGGAUGUCAUGGGAACCCUCGCAUCUACUGAACAUCCGGGCAUGGAGCCGAGCAAGAGGGAUGCAGUUAAGAAUGUGUUUGGGAAUACGUUGAAAGUGAUCCGGACCGUUGGUGGAUUUGUCGCAGAUGGAGCGUCGCAGGUCUUUCCUGCCGCGGCGCAAUGUUAUAAUGCCAUCGGCUUUGUCAUUAAUGCGUGGGAAGGCUACCAGAGCGCGUUCGAUGGCCUCACGGACCUUUUCGACGAAUGCACGAAAUAUCUGACACGGCUGGGCGAGAUCUAUGCCAAAGGAACAAUGAGCGAGAGCCUUACCAAACUUACGGCCAAACAGCUGAAAUUGUUCGUCACAAUCUGCGAUCAUGCUAUCUCGCUGAGACACACCUCCAAAGGGAAGCUCAAGGCCGCCUUAAAGAUUGCGUUCCUGGGUGAGAGCAGCAUCCAAGACUUGGUCGGCCAGAUGGCCAAGCAUGUUAACGAAGAGCACAUUUUGAUAUCGGCCCACACUUUCCUCAACUCACAAGAGGCUGUGAUUGCCUCCCGCUCGAGUCUGAAGGUGACACAAAAGAUCGAAGGCCAGGUUUCCCAGGUGCAAACCCAGGUCAAGGAUAUACAAGUCGCGGUAAUGAAGGAUAAGGAGGUGCAUGAGCAGAGCCGGACCGAGGCUGUAAUCAAAAAAGCCCUAGGCUAUAACCAUGACAUCGCACCUGUCUGGAGCGACAGGUACCGAGACUAUACGAAGGAGCGAUUACCGUCCACGGGCAAAUGGGUAUUCGAUGAUCCGAUGUUCGCUCGGUGGAAGAAAGGCCAGUCGGGAGCCAACAUCCUCGCAGUUACCGGCGGUAGUGGCACCGGGAAAAGCUUCCUGGCGACUUCCAUCAUACAGCACUUCAUUCACCGAGCAAAUCCCGCCGAAGCAACAGACACUCGAGCUUCCGCCGCCUUUUACUACCUUGAAGGAGACGAAGUCAAAUCUAUGCAGAGCGCAAGCAACAUUGAUGAUGUGGCCAAGUCCCUUGUCUGGCAAUUCACUGUGGCCGACGCGCGCUACAAGAGGUCUGCUGCUGGAAUAUGUCGAGAACAUCCAACUGCUGAUGUGGCCGCCAUGUCACAGCGUCUCCUUUUUGAAUGUCCGUACCUUCAUGAAGUGAAUGGCAUGUUUUAUAUCAUCAUAGACGGUCUUGUGGGUAAAAUGGGAGAAGGCAUGCUCCGCUUUCUGAGAGAUAUAACCGCCGCAGCGACAGGCCGCCGCAUCCGGGUCCUGAUGACCUGCGAUCCGGAUUGUUCUGAGCAUCUGGCCCAGGUCGAUGGCAUCGCUUUCGAUUCAAUACAGAUUAAUGCGAAGAAUAAACCUGACGUCCAAGCGUUGAUUGAGUCAAGAAUGAACUCCAUGCCGGCCUUGAACGACUGUACCAAUGCCAGUGUCCGGGACCUCCGGAAGUCGGUCUGCGACGAACUCAUAGAAAAGACAGGGCAUGAUUAUGUCCGAGUUAACUUCGCCCUCCACGAGAUCAGCAAACAGGAGUAUCCCGAAAAAAUAUUGAGCAUCGUGCACAAUGCAGGAAGGCAGCGUACGCAGCAGAUCAAGGAAGAGAUUGAAGAGCUGGAACGGAGUCUCUCCGAUGCGGAAAUAUCAGAAAUCAACGAUAUCAUCCUCUGGAUACAACAUCACCGGGGCCUGUUAACGGAAAGCUGGAUGACUACUGCUCUGUGUGCUCGAGAUGGGAAAAAAUCUCUCCUCCGCCUGUCAGACAAGUUCAAAGCGAAGUAUACUCUCUUCACGAUCACCCACAGAGGCGAAGUGACCUUCCGAGCCCCCGAGGUUGAGAAAGCCAUCCACCGGCGGCACAGGGCCCGUAAUGAGCCCGAGCAACUUAGCCCGACUGCGAUCUCCCAGAGCGAGGUUGACAUGAUCAACCACUUUCUCCGCACAGUAUGUCCACCGAACACCUACAGCAAGCUGAAUGUGGACGCGUUGCUCGCACAGAAGCAGCAGAGUAAGGGAGGUACCCGGAUCUGCCAGGACGAUUCGCAUACAGGAGAUGCUAAACUGGCCCUGACCUGCCUGGAAUUGCUCGCGAAUAAUGCCGAUGAACAGGAAAAUGGCUUAUUGCCUUAUGCUAGAAAGUUCUUCGAUCGCCAUUUGUGCGCGGCGGAUCUGGCCUUUGUCGACAUUGAGUUAAAGGUUCAAAUUGGUCAACUUCUUGUCAAUCUGUUCACCCAUGAUGCGUCAAUCGACGCGUUACUCUGCACCCGGGAAUCAAGCCGCUUUAGCCCGGUUCGAAUUGAAAUCUCCCAGAAGCUGUUGCUUGAAAGCAACACUGCAAAUACUGUCAUUCAAUGGCUCAGGGACUCGGCGGUCACUUCAGCAGUCGCCGACAAAGAAACCAAGGAGUGGAUUUCGGACGUGAUCAAAGGCGGCGGUCAUGGUAAGCUACUAGCACCGGCCGCGAAGCGAAUGGCCUUCCACCUUGUGCGAGAACCGCACAAACUACCCGUUACCAGGGGCGCUUUCCUGUUCAUUGUGUAUUACAUUCGGAAGUUCGAAAACGGCGACGAACAUCCAGAGGCGCCAGAUCCCUUUACUGCGUCUAUUGAGGAGAUCGAUAGUGUCGACCAGUGGUGCGCGAACAUCCUGGGAAUUAGCAAGAGAGAUUCAUUUUGGCAUUCGCAAAUUGCGGCCAUGUUACUUGCCUGCAACAAAACCCUGCAAGCAAUGCGGCGAGCUCGAACAGCACUGAAUAUCGAUUCGAACAACUGGCGAGCAUCAACCCUCUUGGCCAACAAACUGAAAGGUUCUGAAGGAAUCGCGAUGAUUAAGCCUGUCAUUGAUCGCGUUGGAUCUGACGCCGAGUGGCAGAAGUGCGAUCUCAACAGAUCGGAAUAUUCAACCAUGUUCUUCAUCCUGGCUGAGAAGACUUGGCAGCAGUCUCAAAAGCAGUUCAAUGCUACUGUCGAAUUCGCAAAGUCGGCGAUACGAAUUGAGCCGACUAACUAUCCCCGGGAUGCGAGGUUUCUGCAGCUCUGUGCCCACCACAAACAAUGGCUACGUUAUGUUGAACUUUUAGAGACAAUUGCCGAUAGCUCAAAUGCGCUAGAAGAGCAGGCGCUAUCCGAGCUGAUGAUCCUGUGCGUUUUUGAUAUGAACAGGACAGAGCAACUUCCAUUAAUGUUGCAAGCGGCUUUUCACACAGGUCGGCUCGAGUUCAUCGUGGACGCCUUCCGGGACUGUGUAGAAAAGCUCGAAGCACGCGGUGAUCGCGCUAGGCUCUGCUAUAUCCGAUACUACUAUGGGCGCGGACUCAAUGCGCUUCAGAAUGGGUCGCCAAAGGCGAUUGAACAGUGGCGUAAGGCUAUUGAGGAGGGUGCCGGUCCGGAACUUCUGUCAUCACUGAUCAGCAACAUCACGCCGUAUUACCUACAAAAGGCCAUCAAGGCAGCUGCCGCAAAUGAUGAUGAAGCUGCGUCUAUCUAUCUCGAGAAAAUCCAAACAUUGCUGCCGGAGGACGUACCCGAAUCUAGCGUCAUGCUUCCACCGGCGAUAUACAUUGUGCGAUAUCACGCGCGAAAAGGCGAUCUGGCGCAGGCUAAGCUUAUUGCUCGCGAUAUAGUCCGGAAAGGUAUUGAGAUCCUGACCGACGAUAUCGAAGACAACGACCUCCCUGCCUACAAUGAACUCUUGUGGUUAUUCAUCGCUCUAGGCGAUAAAGAGAAUGUGAAGGCAAUUCGUUCUCUCAUUGCAGCGCGUUUCAGAGAGCACCAGAGAUUCAUCUGCUCUGGCGACUGCGGAGGCUCUUGGGACAUGGCAGACGAGAUGAUCUGGUGCCAAGAUUGUAUUAACGUCAAAUUCGAGAAUGGGUGCCACGGGAAACUACACGAGACCGGUUUCCCGUUUUUGUUCUGCAAUAGCACGCACAAGUUUCUCCGCUUGCCCAAGGUGGAAUCUCCACAGGAUGGUUACGUGCUGAUUGGCGACGACGCGGUCCCGGUAGACGAGUGGAUGCAGCGCAUUCAGAGUGAUUAUAUCGAGCUCGGGCGCUGA